AUGAACCUCUACUCCGUCUUCCCCGAGGCCGACUUUCUCGAUUUCGUGAACGCGCCCCUAGGCAAGGGUCUACCGGUGACCCGACCCUUGAAGCCUCUCGUGGCCGUGCCGACCACCGCUGGCACCGGCUCAGAAACCACAGGAACCGCCAUCUUCGAUCUCGUAUCCAAAAAGGCCAAGACGGGGAUCGCGCACCGGAAUCUGAAACCCACGCUGGGGAUCUGCGACCCCCUCAACACGCGCACCAUGCCCUCCGCCGUGAAAGCGGCCUCAGGUCUCGACGUGCUCUGCCACUCGCUGGAGUCGUGGACCGCCAUCCCGUAUAACGAGCGCACGCCGCGCCCCACGAACCCGAUCAACCGUCCAGCCUACCAGGGCGCCAACCCGAUCUCGGAUAUCUUCUCCCUGCAGGCGCUUCGCAGCACCGUAGAGUACCUCCCCCGAGCCGUGCGGGAUCCCGACGACAUGGAGGCGCAGUCGCAGAUGCUGUUGGCCGCGACGCUGGCCGGCGUGGGAUUCGGCAACGCGGGCGUGCACCUCUGCCACGGCAUGAGCUACCCGAUUUCCAGCCAGAACCCGGGAUACAAGCACGCGGGCUACCAGGUCGACCAGCCCAUCAUCCCGCACGGCGUGUCGGUCGCCGUUACAGCGCCUGCUGUUUUCCGAUUCACGGCGGCGUCCAACCCGGACCGGCAUUUGGCCGCCGCCGAGGCGUUCGGCGUCGACAUCUCGAACGUUAAGCGCGAGAGCGCGGGCGAGGUACUGGGCGAGGCGCUGGCCGACUUCCUGGCCAAGCUGGGCGACCAGCCGCGCGGACUGAAGGAUCUGGGAUUCAAGCCGUCGGACGUCGAGUCGCUGGUGGAGGGGACGCUUCCGCAGAAGCGGGUGCUGAUGCUUGCGCCCAAUCUCAAUGAGGAGUUGGAGGCCGAGAAGGGAGAAUUGAGGAAGUUGCUGGAGGAAUCGAUGUCGUAUUAA